AAUCCGGCGGCGGAAAUCGAACUUUUUUUUUUGUUUUCUCCAUCGGAAGCUGCGGCAAUGGGAAGAGGAGGAAGACACAGAGGUCGUUCCCAGAGAAAAGAUUUCAAAGAAAACAGAGAGAAUGUUUGGAAACGCUCUAAAUCCGAUGCUACCGUUGAUGGCUCCGAUAACGCCGCGCCGGAACAAAAACCAACUUGGGAACCUAUCGUCACUGUUAACCCUAAUUUCGAGGAAUAUUACAAGGAACAAGGGAUAGUGAAAGAAGAAGAGUGGGAUUUGUUCAUGGAGAUUCUUCGUAAGCCUUUACCUGCUGCGUUUAGGGUUAACUCCAAUAGCCAAUUUCGCGAUGAAAUUAUAUCGAUCUUGGAGAAUGACUUUAUGAAAUCACUUCAGGCAGAGGCCAUAGAAGGUGGUGAAUUGGAGGCUAUUAAGCCCUUGCCGUGGUAUCCAAAGAAUCUUGCUUGGCAUUCUAAUUUUUCUCGAAAGGAGAUUAGAAAAAAUCAGACACUUGAGAGGUUUCAUGAAUUUCUGAAGUUAGAAAAUGAAGUUGGUAACAUGACUAGGCAGGAAGCUGUUAGCAUGGUACCUCCUCUUUUCCUAGACGUACAUCCAGAUCAUUUUGUACUUGACAUGUGUGCUGCACCGGGUUCCAAAACAUUUCAGCUGCUUGAGAUUAUACAUGAAGCAUCAGAACCAGGAUCUCUACCUAAUGGACUGGUGGUGGCUAAUGAUGUUGAUUUUAAAAGAUCUAACCUUCUAAUUCACCAAACAAAGAGGAUGUGCACAGCCAACUUGAUGGUGACAAAUCAUGAAGGGCAACAGUUUCCUGGCUGCCGUUUGAACAAAUCCCGAGCUUCCGAGAAAGGAAUUAGUGAAGAUAUGCCCAUUAAUCAACUUGCCUUUGACCGUGUUCUAUGUGAUGUUCCGUGCAGUGGUGAUGGUACACUGCGCAAGGCUCCAGAUAUCUGGCGGAAAUGGAACUCUGGAAUGGGCAAUGGACUUCACAGCCUUCAGAUUAUUCUUGCUAUGAGAGGUUUAUCUCUGUUGAAAGUUGGUGGGAAGAUGAUUUACUCAACUUGCUCAAUGAACCCAGUGGAGGAUGAAGCUGUUGUUGCUGAGAUUCUAAGGAGAUGUGGAGAGACUGUUGAGCUUUUAGAUGUUUCCGAUAAGCUUCCUGGUCUUAUACGAAGACCAGGUCUUAAGAAAUGGAAGGUGCGUGAUAAAGGUGUGUGGUUUACUUCUUACAAAGAUGUUCCACAAAACCGGAGAGGGGGAGUUCUUGUUAGCAUGUUUCCUUCUGGGAAAAACCUCAAGGACUCAACUGAUGGAUGCAAAGAAACAGAUAGUUCUGCGGUGGAUGUUACUCCUGAUGAAGUAGCCGAGGAAGUCUCUGAUCUUCCACUUGAACGUUGCAUGAGGAUAAUCCCUCAUGACCAGAACACUGGAGCCUUUUUUAUCGCAGUCCUUCACAAAGUUUCUCCCUUACCAGAAUUUCAGGAAAAACCAAAUCCAAAAAGGAACUCAUCUACUAAGCCUGUGGACUCUACAGAAAACUCUCCAAGUACAGAAGCUAUUGUUACAGUGGAUACUGUACCAGAUGAGAGUGCAGCGGAAAAAGUUAUUGAAGCAGACCCAAUCAAUGAGAAAGAUGAUUUGGAGCCUGAGAUGAAUAUAACAGAAGGAGAAAGCAUCACAGAAGAGAAAGAAGCCAAUUCGAGUAAUGUGGGAGGCAAGCGAAAAGUACCGAUGCAAGGGAAGUGGAAAGGCUUUGACCCAGUUGUUUUCGUGAAAGAUGAAACAGUAAUCAAUGGCAUCAAGGAAUUCUAUGGUAUCAAAGAUGAAUCAUUUCCGUUGCAUGGUCAUCUCGUGGCAAGAAAUAAUGACACAAGCAGUGUUAAGAGGAUUUACUAUGUUUCAAAAUCGGUUAAGGAAGUUCUUCAGUUGAAUUUUGCAGUCGGACAGCAGCUUAAGAUCGCUUCUGUUGGCCUCAAGAUGUUUGAGAGACAAUCGGCAAAAGAAGGUUCAAGCACUCUGUGCCCAUUCCGUAUAUCAUCUGAGGGACUACCUGUGAUCCUUCCAUACAUCACCAAGCAAGCACUUUACACUCCAAUGGCAGACUUCAAACUUCUUUUGCAAGACAAAUCGAUCAAGUUUAUGGAUUUUGUCAAUCCACAGUUGGCCCAGAAAGCAACUGACCUUGUCAUGGGAAGCUGCGUGGUGAUUCUCCACGAUGGUGAAGAACCCGCGAAAGUGAAUGCGUCAACAAUAGCCAUAAGUUGCUGGAGAGGGAAGGCUAGUUUGGCUGUUAUGGCCACUGCUGCAGAUUGCCAGGAGCUGCUAGAGAGACUUGCCGAGAAAACACCAAAAACCGAAGGUGCUUCAGUAAAUGGAAGCAAUGGUGAUUCAGACGGUCCUCAAGCUAUGGAAACAGCUUAAAACCAAGUUCAGUUGUACCUGUUUUGUUGUCCUUUUUUUGAUAAGUUACUUGCUGCCUUCAAAUUCUUUUUCAUAUAAGCAUUAUCGUAUGAUGACUUUUGAUGGAAAGACAUACAAAAACGAAAUAUUUUGUUCUAAAACCUUUCCAUAUAUUCAGAAUCUGAAAGAA